AUGCCGAAAAGACGUUCUCUGGAGGUCCUUCUGCGGCACUGGAUGUGUCGCGUCGUACUGCUCAACCAGAUCCAGUACGUCAAUUAUCAGUUGGGAGCGGGGCUCCCAAGAAUCCCAGGACGGGGGAUCACCGCGCAACCGGACGAGGUAACUAGUCCGACGUCCGUUCACAUGGCUGUGAUUCAACAGCAGCUCAAGCAGAUAGCGCUGGCCACCCGUGUGUCUCCGAAAGUUUCUUUGAACGCGUAA